AUGGUGGGCGACGAUGACGUGCCGCGAAGCACCUAUCAGGGUCGCGAAUCGUGCAUCGCAUUCGCAUCAGAGAUCUCGACUGACGUUAGAGCGGCAGGACAUUCCCAGCGCGGCAUGGAGUCAAUGGCGGCGAUCGCUGUGCGUGGGUCGCACGAGAGGCAUCCUGCUUGCUGCCACAGCUUUAGCUGCGCUGUUCGUGAUGUGGCAUUCGCACGCGAUGCCACGGUUAUUCAGCCAAAAGGCAUCCCAUUUUCGGAUAACGCCAGCCACUCCGCCAUCCGCGCGGCUCAGAUACUGCUAGUCAACAAUGCAUCAACGCCCACGGCUCUUCCUCUCAUCACACGAUUCCUCCUGCCACGCACUCCUGCUGCUGCCUCCAGGAUGAGGCAGCACGGCCAGCACGGGUGGAUCCCCUCUGUGCUGCACAUGCUGCUGCGCAUCGCCCUCGAGCCUCUCCUCAACCACACCGCUCUCUCCCACCACAUCUCCCCCUCACUCCCACUCAACCCUCAAUCUCUAGCCGCUGCAAUCUCACCCGAAGCCUUAGUUGGCGUAUCCAUUGGUGCAGCAGCAAGCACAGGUGCAAGCACUGGUGGCAGUGGUGGUGGUAGUGGUGGUGGUGAGGAGGUGCUGGCAGGGGUGGUGGAGUUUGAGUCUGCAUUCAGCAGGGCAUCUGAUGCGCAUCCCAUGUGCUUCCAUCGCCUUGUGCUGCCAGGCUACCUCAAGGCAAUCACAUUCGCAGGGGGCAUGGAGCAGGCGGACAUGUUCAAGCACCGCCUCAAGGAGGCCUUCCCUCACCCCAAACCUGACCCCUUUCACACUCUGGCGUCGCCAGACAAUGCAUCUAUAGGAGAUGUGUCUGCUGGGCGCAGUUCAGCUGAUAGUGCGACUGUGCGUCUGCUCUACAUCACACGUUAUGCAUCGCUCACACGCGGUCGCCGCGUGAUGAGUGCUGAGAGCUCCAGCGCUCUGCUCAAGCUGUUUCACCAGCUCAAGUUCGAGUUUACCAGGUAG